UGACAAAAUUAAUGAUAUUUUUUAUUUAUACAGCACUUCUCAUCGCUAAAAGCAAUCUCAAUGUGCUACAGAGUUAAAGCAAGAUACAUUUUUUUUUAAAGUUAAAAAAAGAAAACAUUGUUAAAAGAAAAAGUACAAAAUAAUGGAAAUAUGACAUUUUAUAAAAGUUUUUUUUGACAAAUUAAAAGAUUCCUCCAGUCUUCAGUGAUGUGACUGAGAGUUCACAGGUUACUGAGUUUUGAGCUGACGCAGCUUCACUCGCUGAUACGUCAUUUAUGGGUUGUUGUUCUUAUUUUAUUUUUUCCAACAAAGCGGAAACCCUUUAAAUUAAAAAACCCUUUUUAAAGUAAAUUUGGAAUCAAACCGUCGAAUCAGCGAAGAGAAGAGAGAUAACAUCAGAAACUCCAUCGGAUCUCAGGUGGAAGAAGAAGGAGAAGAAAAAAGGAGUCGGAGAGAAAAUCUCUUCUCACAUCUUCCGUGUCGAGCGUGUUGUUAUGGCAACGAAUCCGGCGGCCGUGGUGCGUUGAAGGAAACAAACAAACACAAACAUCCAGCUGUCGGUGGUUCCACGUAAUUCACCUGUCAGACUAGAACUUCACAGCUGACGUCGUCGUCGCCAUCAUGGCCCAUUACAGAGCCUCGGAAUCGAAGCGAGAACAAUUCAGAAGAUAUCUAGAAAAGUCAGGGGUCCUGGACACGAUAACAAGUGUUUUGGUGGCACUUUAUGAAGAGACGGACAAACCCAACAACGCCCUGGAUUUCAUAAAGCUUCACCUCGGCGGGGCCGGUCCAGAUCCGGCAGAAGCCGAGGCUGCGGCUCUUCGCGUGGAACUGGCCGAUCUUCAACAGAAGUGCAACCUGCUCAUGGAGGAGAACAAAGAGCUGCAAGACAAGCUGUUGCAGUAUGAACCGUCGCCUGAGGAGGAAGUGGCAGAGUGAAGAAAGUUUUUGUCAUUGGAAAAAAAUAAAAGAAAAACAUUAGCA